CACUCAUUCAUCAAUAACCUUGAAAAUGACGGAUGCAAUGUUCUUGGACGACGUCGAGGGGCUCCUCCACAUGGACGACCCGAGCGUCUCGGGCAAUGACCUCCUCCUGUCUCUGGAUAAAGACGCGUCCAAGCAGGCGCUGCAGCCUCUUGUGCUCGACUCCGCGGCGCUCGACGGACUGUUCAGCGCUUCUGACAAAUCCGACGAUGACAAAGACCAUCACUCUGCAGCCACCGACAGUGACUCUGCGUCCACGUCUUCUCCUCCGCAAUGUAUCCCCGAGGCGGACAACAUCCGCUCUCGAGACGCUAUCCGACGCAGCACUUACAGACAGAAGCAAAAGGCCCAUAAAGAGGCUCUCUACAAGCAGGUAAACGAGCUUUCGAGCCAAUUGUCGACGCUCAUGAAGAAGAAAGAAGCUGCCAAGGAGGGCAUGAGCGUGACUCAAGCUGCAGUGUGGAAGGCGCUAGCUAACAGGAACCUACAGGCCAGAAUGAACGCCGAGGAGCAACGUGCCAAACUCCAAGCAGCUAUAAAGAGACGAUCGACGCUAAUUCGAGAUCUAGGCGUUCUCAUCAGAAAGAGAAUUAGUGAGGAAGCACUUGAAGAUGCAGGGUAUGCAGUGAAAAAGCCACGUACAGAAACACCCGAUAGGGCGCUGUACGAAGCCUAUAUUGACGAGCUGGACGAGAUUUAUGCCAAGGCGGACAGCGUCUUCAAGGCCAGUGCUGUUCAACCAGAUUUGGACAGUAGUGAGGACACUCGACUGUACUACAACCCACCGAGAUCGUCCAGCAAAGAUGCCAAUUAUCAUGAACUGGCAGGAUCGUUCUCAACUCCGUUCGCCUACGAGCGAGUGCGUGAACAUGUGCAGGAGGUGACGUGUAUGGAGUUUCGCCCUGGAUUUGAAGUGGUGGAGGAGUCGUGGGUUCCUGGUGAUACGACAAUAACCAAAUGCAGAAUUGAAGGGCAGGGGGGUCUAUUGGUUGCUCAGCAUUGUGUUAUUCGUCGAUUUAAUGAAGAAGGCCGACUGGUUCUCGUGUGGAGGAAGUUUAGUGAGGGUGAAGGCAAAUUUGCCGGCAUGCACUCGGAUGAAACAGGGUGGAGCAUCAUACGACCAUCUCGUGUGAGCGGGAGUGUUAGCUCGGUGGUGGAGUUGAUCUCGCGCUUCGUCCCGAUCACCUUCAGCACAGCAACUGGCUCGGUUGAUGUGGCGAAACAAUUUGCCGACCUGAUGAUAAAAGAUGGCGAAGAAAUCUGUCAGCUAGGCCUGCAGAAGCUCGAAAAAUUGCUGUUGGACGAUGCACUCGGAGUUUACUAAGCGAAGACGUCCACAAACAUAAUUUAUAACGCUAAUCACGUUUUGCAUACCAAUCUUUGUUGGGAAGUGAGAGAACUUAGCACACUUUUAAUUUUUGCUGGAUUAAUUUCUACUACUACUGUAAGUGGCAUUACAUGUAGUUUACCACCACCUAAAAUACGUAUCCAGUCAUCGUAAUCGUAGUAAUUUUUGACGUGUAGCUUACAGUAAGUAAUGAAAAAUAAGGAGGCCAAAAAUACAUGCAAUUGGAACUCUGCAC